UCGAAACCCUAAUCUGUCAACUCAUAGUUCCGUUUAUUAGUUUCUCUUAAUCUCACGCUGGCCUUAUUUCUGGUUGCUGUCUAUUUAUUCCUAUAUUGCACCUAUCAAAGCGAAUAAUAGUGGUUCGCCUCUUGUAUAAUGUGGCAAGAAAUAUCACAAAGUUUGUGUAAAAAUGUGUCGGAUACGUUUCUAAUGGAACACUUGCAUAAAUUCUGUGGUGGUAGUCCGCAUCCUUCGGGUAGCAAUGAAAAUUAUGAAAUAGCAGACUUUAUAGAAAAAAGUUGGAAAGAUUGGGGUUGGCCGAUUGUCAAAAGACAAGAAUUUUACACGACUCUACCUUCGGGGCCUCCAGAGAAUGGUCCAUGGAAUGAAGUACUUCUUACCAACUCUGACAGUACUGAAGUCAUACACAGAGCUCAAAAUAGUGUUACUGUUCCAUCUAAGUCUGAAAUAUGUUCUCAAAAUAAAAUUGUUGAUAACUCCAGAAAUAACCAAUUACCUGUGUAUCAGGCUUAUUCGUGUUCUGGUGAAUCAUUUGGACAUUUUAUAUUUGUGAAUUAUGCAAGACGUAAAGAUUUGUUGUUGUUCGAUAAAUUACAAGGCCGAAAAAAGGGUGAACCUAGUCAUAUAUGUAACAAAAAUUUGAUUGUAAUUGCCAGACUGGGCAAUGGGACCCGACAAUCCAAGUUAAAAAAUUUAAUGGAACACUGUACAUGCGGUCCAAAUGAUACUUCACUUCCUGACCACCAUCCCGGCGCUCUUAUUUUGUAUCCUGAUCCUCAAGAUUUUGCUGCAGAUGGUCAGAUUUAUCCUAAUGGGAAAGGGCUACCAGGGGAUGCUCCAGUAUUUGGUCACAUGAAUAUGAAAUUUGCUGGCGGUGGUGAUUCGACCUGUGCUGGAUUUCCAUCACUUCCUCAUAUUUAUCGAACUGAUACAUUGGUAAAAGGUGAUGCUCUUACACAGAUUCCUGUUCAACCUGUUGGUUAUAAUGACGCCAAAGUAUUUUUAUCAUGCUUGGAGGGACCGAUUAUCCCAAAUGAUUGGGAUACUCAUUUAGCUACUCAUUUGGGACCAUCAACUAAAACCUGUUUAAAAGUAAUAGUACAUAAUGAAGUCUCUAAAACUCCAGUGAAAUUAUAUAAUAUAGUGGGUAUAAUGCCAGGUGAAAAUACUACUACUUCAACUGAAUCAGAUCAGUAUAUAAUUAUGGGUAAUCAUCAUGAUGCAUGGGUACAAGGUGCAUGUGAUCCAGGAUCAGGUAUGGUGAUUUUACAAGAAAUCGCUCGUAUUCUCGGUGAAGCUUAUCGUAAUGGUUUCAAACCUCGUCGUACCAUUAUUCUUGGUUCUUGGGAUGGUGAGGAAUUUUCUGUUUUGGGUUCAACACAUUUUGUACAUCAAUCAGAAUAUGAACUAUUAUCUCGAUGUGUUGUUUACAUUAAUUCAGAUUGUCCAAUUAAAGGUCAUAAAAAUUUCUCAGCUCGAACUGAUAGUUUAUUAAUCGAUAGUUUGUUAAAUGCUGCAAAAUUAAUUCCUGUUGAUCCACCAAUCAAUAUGCAAUCAUUUUAUGAUGAAUGGUUAAAUCAUAAAAUGGGUGAUCCUAAUGAACCAAUUGUCUUUCUAGAAUCACACCUCUUGGUGGCGGAUCGGAUCAUAUACCUUUUGCCUAUCGUUUGGGGAUUCCAUCUACGUAUCCAGAAUUUCUGCCAGAUGAUGGUUUAUACAAUACACCAGUUUAUCAUACAGCUUAUGAUAUUAUUGAUGUUGCAGAAAGAUUCACUGAUCCUGCUUCACCAUUUACAGGUCAUUUGCCUCGACAUAGAUUGAUCGCUCGUUUAUUGUUAACUCUUAUCGUACAGUUUGCAUGUGCUCCACGUCUACCGCUUUCAUUAUUACGAUGUUCACAGGGUUUAUCGAAUGAUUGGUUGCAAUUUAUGAAGUUGGUCGCACGUGAAAUACCUAAUAUUUUGGAAUAUGGCGUGAAUCUAAAUUGGGUUUUGGAAGAACUUCAAAAUUUUCAGAAGUCAUCUCAAGAGUUUGAAGAGUUUGCAAAUACUAUGGAGAAAAACCACACUGAUUUUCCCUCCUAUCUUAAUCGUAUACUGGUUGGUGUUUCUAAACAUUUUGUUGCUGCUGGUCAAUGUGAAACCUCGCCUUUGAAAAAUGUCAUUCAAGGAACUAUUGGUUAUAAAUCAAUUUAUUUUCCUCAUGUAAAAGCAUCAUAUCAACAUGUUAAAAUGUUAUAUAAUCAAUGUAAGAUGAAAAUUCCAAAUUCAUCAGAAUUGAACAAUUUCAAACUGGAACUUUCAAAUAUUGUAAAUUGUCUACAACAAUUAACUAAUUGGCUUCAAAAUGGUUGGAUUGGUUUAAGUUGAUUUUUCGAAAGCGUUUACAUUAUAAUAGCUACUUUAUUAUUUUUUUUUAAGUCAAUUUUGUAUGAGUUUUCAUAAAUCUAACAUACUUUUGAUGUCAUUGUAUUGGACUUUUAUCUAAUAGUGUCUUUUUUUUACCUGUAGAACAUAGUUGUAGGUAAUUUCUCCUUGAUGUCUUUUAUCAGUCUUUCUGAAAUCAUAUUUUCUCUGGAAUAUUUUCAAAUUUCAAUGCUUGAACUUUGAUUUUUAUGUGAUCACUAGUUAAUUUUGAUCUGAA